UUUUUCUUCCUGGUGCGUUUAGGAGACAAGCGGCUUGGGCACGAGACAAAAACAAGCAGGACUCGUGCGGUUAGAAGAGCUAGAAGAAAGAAACUAAUGAGGGAAAACUUCUAUAGAGGGGUGUAAGCUGCAGAAUUCAUUGCAUUAUUAUUAGUAAACGUGUGUGAGUUAGUCAGAGUGGUGAUACUAGGUGGAUAUAGUUGCCUUGUGUCUUGGCCCGGUGUGUUUAGAUUUACGCGAGUCACUCCACUGGAAACAUGAAACCUCACACCCGAAAACACCACCUGCCUUCUGGACCUGUCCUCCUGCUGCUGGCUGUAACAUUAUGCCCGAGUUUGUCCAGCGAUGUGACGUCCACCACUUCUGCUCCGACUCCCUCUUCACCUCCCAGCGUCCCUGAGAGAGGGUCCUACAACGUCACCAGCAAUGGCACCGCAUGCUUGUUAGCCCGAAUGGGACUGCAGCUCAACAUAACUUACACCUCUCGCUCACAGGGCAAGGCUGUUCAGGAUGUCAUAAACCUGCAACCAAAUUUAACUACUGCCUCUGGAACUUGCGAGGCUGACACUUCAACGCUCAAACUGAUAGAAGAGAACAUAACCCUGACUUUCCACUUCUUUUUGAAUUCUACAACUAAGAAGUAUCACCUUGGUGGACUGGAAUUGUCAAUCACCUUGCCAGACAUGGCUAAGCCCUUGAUCGUUAGUAACAGUAGUCUAGGCUACCUUCAGGGAACUUUGGGCUACUCUUACAUGUGCCGUCAAGAGAUGACUUUGACCGUUGGGCAGAAUUUCUCCUUGAAUACGUUCCAUCUACAGGUGCAGCCUUUUGGUGUCAGCGGAAAUGAGUUUGGAGCAGCUGAGAACUGUGAGCUGGAUAAAGGUGACAUGCUGAUCCCUAUCGCUGUGGGUGCUGCUCUUGCAGGUCUUGUGUUAAUUGUGCUCUUGGCCUACCUGAUUGGCAGGAAGAGAAGCCAUGCUGGCUACCAGACAAUUUAAACCUGCUCACCUAAGCUUUCCAGCCAGAAUAUGCAGCCAUUGCUGAUUAUUGGAUUCCAUUACAUUAAAGCCACACGUUUUUACCUGCCCUGCCCUCCCCUGCCCUCUCCUCUGCUAUUCUAAUGCUGCCAUUAUGCCCAUUGCCUGAGGUGAUCCUUUAACUUCUAGAUUUUAAGUUGUAUAAUAACUGGAAAAUAGUUGAACAUUAUUUAAUCUUGUGCCACUUUGGGCAUUCUUUUUGGAGUGGGUGAUAAUAUAGCAUUACUGAAAGGCCUAGAUCUCAGAUAACGCACAGGCAAGCGCUAAAACUGACAAAUUCCCUUCAUGUUGUGUAUUAUGAAAGGAUAGAGUUAACUGAAACUAUACCCCAGUGAGGGCCUAAGUUCUGUACAUGACAAAAAUUUAGCUCAGUUUUACAAGUAGGAGCAUUUCUUAGGGAAAACAGCUGCUAUAAAUUAAUUUUUUUCCCAUCACCUUUAAAAGGUACUUAAUACUUCUCCUGCCCCUUUACCUGAUUCAAGAUGGUAAGGGUGCAGUGUUGCUGAAUUCAGAACUGAGACAGAAUUGGUAAUUUUGCCUUGUAUUUGGUCUGUAUGCUUGUUUUCUUUUUUAAAAGGUAUUGUAACAGUGUGAAAUUGCGCAGAUAGCCUUGAGUAACUCGCACCAUAUCCCCAUUGAGAAGAAGCUGAAGUGUGAGGCGCAGUUAUACACAACUGAUAUUUGCAUUUGCUGCACUGAAACCUUCAAUACCUCUCAGACACCAUUAUCCUCCACAUAUAGGUGUUUCACGCAAAAGUAAACUGGAGUACUUUUUCUUUCUAUCAUUAUUAACUAUCGUUAUUUAUAAAACUUUACAAGACUAUAUUUGUAGCAUGGAGGAGUUCGUUUGAGUUCUUUUUUCUUUUUGAUAAGUAUAGAAGUAUUUGACAUGGUAGUUGGCUAAACAAAGAAAGUUCAUUUGCAACAAGUUUCUAAUAAUCACAACACAUAGCUAAGAUUAUUAGCAAACUGUAGACCGUGUAGUGUUAAACAUUAAGACUGCUUCCCUCAUCCAGCAUGCUUUGGAAUGCAAGAAAUCAGUGGCCACUCAACUGGUAUAUGAGAAUUUAUUAUAUAUUAAUAUUGCACCGAGUCUCACUCACAUCAUGUUACAUACUGUGAAUGUGACUUUUUGAUAUGAACUGUGUGAUCUUCAUUCUGUGUGUAAGAUUAAACUGCAUUUAAUGCUA